AAGACGACGACGGGCUCGAGACAGGGCACCUUGAUUUCACUUUCACAUAUGAGUCGCGACUGAAUCUCCGCUAGUAGAAGGUAACUGGAGUUCAACCAUGGAGCCAAAGUUGGUAUUCGCAGUUCUUCUGCUCAUUUCCGUAGCUGUGUCGGCCGAAUAUGUGAGGCCUCCACCGCGCAAAACCCUUGAUUUUCCGUGGAGUGAGAAGCCGUCUUCCCAUCCGCAGCAGGUGCACAUCUCUUUGGCUGGCGAUAACCGCAUGCGAAUCUCGUGGGUCACGGAUGAUAAAUCUGCUCAUUCAACCGUGGAGUAUGGAACUUCACCUGGGAAAUACAGUGCCAAGUCUCGUGGAGAGAGCACGUCCUAUAAGUAUCUGUUUUACAGUUCAGGAAAGAUUCAUCAUACUAUCAUUGGUCCACUUGAGCCCAACACGGUGUACUUCUACCGGUGUGGUGGACAAGGUGUCGAGUACCAGUUGAAGACCCCUCCUGAUCAGUUCCCAAUUACAUUUGCUGUGGCUGGUGAUUUGGGGCAGACUGGCUGGACUGAAUCGACCUUAGACCAUAUUGACCAAUGCAAGUAUGAUGUGCAUCUACUUCCUGGAGAUCUGUCGUAUGCUGAUUACAUGCAGCACCGUUGGGAUACUUUUGGGGAACUGGUCGAGCCAUUAGCCAGUUCAAGGCCGUGGAUGGUGACACAAGGGAACCAUGAAAAGGAAAGCAUACCACUUUUGGUGGAUGGUUUUGCAUCCUAUAACUCCAGAUGGAAGAUGCCAUAUGAAGAGAGUGAAUCGAGUUCAAAUCUUUACUAUUCUUUCGAAGUUGCCGGUGCUCAUAUUGUUAUGCUUGGUUCGUAUGCUGAUUAUGACGAGUACUCAGAUCAAUAUCAUUGGCUGAAGGCUGAUCUUGCAAAGGUUGAUCGGGCAAAGACACCCUGGCUCCUUGUGCUGUUGCAUGUGCCUUGGUAUAAUAGUAAUAAGGCUCAUCAAGGUGAAGGAGAUGACAUGAAGGCAGCUAUGGAGCCUUUACUCUAUGAUGCUAAAGUGGAUCUGGUGCUCGCUGGCCAUGUGCAUGCCUAUGAGCGCUCGUCUUUUCUUAAUGCAUGGUUAUUUGACUUGCAGAAACGGGUACAUAAUGGAAAUUCCGACCCCUGUGGUCCUGUCUAUAUAACCAUUGGAGAUGGAGGGAACAAAGAAGGUUUAGCUUCAAAGUACAUAGACCCACAGCCAAAAUGGUCAGCUUUCCGUGAAGCAAGUUUUGGCCAUGGUGAGAUCCAAAUUGUAAACUCUACUCACGCAUUCUGGAGUUGGCACAGGAACGAUGAUGAUGAACCUGUUAGAUCAGAUUCCAUAUGGAUAAACUCUUUGGUGAGCUCAGGGUGCCUUAGUGAACAAAAGUUUGGGGCGAGGAAGAGCCUCCUGUAACCUGAUGGUGUGAAUCUUCUAUAUCAGUUUGCUUAAGUUUGAAUGUUGUUAUAAUUCUGAUGCUAGAGUGGUGAAUGUAAAUAUGUCCGAAUCAUGUGUUUCUGUAUCGAGCAGGUCUAUGGACCGCCAUCUCUGUUUGUCAAUGGAUAUAUAGCUUCUUCUUCAAAUACCGAAUAUAAAGCUGAUCUUGUAGGAAUUUCGUAUCAAGCUAAUACACAAAUGGAUGGAAUCACAGGC